AUGUAUAUCUGGGAAAUUGAGAAGAUGCACGCCAAAUACGGCCCAGUCGUACGAUUUAAUCCACGUGAACUCCAUAUCAAGGACCCACUCUUCUACGAUGAGAUCUAUUCGCCAAGCGCCAAGAAAAGAGAGAAAGACGCUCAGUUUGUAGCAGGUUUUGCCGCACCAGGUUCGAUGAUUGCUACGGUCGGCCAUGAACAGCACCGGAUGCGCCGUGGAAAAGUCAACAAUUUCUUCUCCAAGCGAUCUGUGAUGGCUUUGGAGCCUAUGAUAAGGAAGAAAAUCGGAAUUUUGAUCACCAGGCUCGAGACUGAAAAGAUCCAGGGUACUGAAUUUCGUCUGAACGCUGUAUUCGCUGGGCUGACAGCUGACAUUAUCACCAAAUACUCCUUCGGUCGCGGUACCAACUACUUGACAAGCACUGCGAAUAGCAAUGACCUCCAAGGAGCGGUCGAUGGAGCAUCAAUGCUAUUCCACACCUUGCGUAUUUUUCCUUUUCUCCACACUGUUAUAAAUAUUAUUCCUUCGUGGUUGAUGCAAAAACUAGAGCCCCAAGCUGCCGGUUUUCUCGCUGUCCGAGAAUCCAUCCGUCAGCAAUGUAUGGAACUCUUGAAAGACCCAGCUAGUGACACAACCUCUACACCAAGCAUUUUUGACGCACUUGUCGAUCCCGAGAUUCCCACGGAGGAAAGGACAGCUGGAAGACUUUCAGAUGAAGGAUGGAUCAUCCUAGCCGCCGGGAUUGAGACUACCGGAAAGGCUUUAUCAACGGGGAUGUUCCAUCUUCUUAACAAUAAAUCACUACUCCUGAGACUGCGCAAAGAGCUUUCAGAAAUUAUGCCUACUCCGACAAGCCAAGCUACUUGGACACAGAUUGAGCGGCUGCCAUUAAUGAACGGUGUAAUCAAUGAGUCCUUGCGGCUUUCAUAUAGUGUCACAAUGCGAACUCCUCGGAUCUCCCCUACAGAACACUUGGCUUAUAAUGGCCUUCUCAUUCCCCCUGGGACUCCAGUUAGCCAAUCGAUAUACUUUGUCCUUUCCGAUCCGACUUUAUUUCCUGAUCCUGACUCAUUUCAACCAGAUCGGUGGAUGGAGUCCGAUGCCGAGGGAAAGGGUCUGCAUCGGUUCCUUGUGGCUUUUGGCAAGGGAAGCCGGCAAUGCCUGGGUAUGAAUCUAGCACUUUGUGAGCUUUACAUGACCAUGGCGCAUAUAGUCCGCCGGUUUGAUAUCGAGCUACACGAUACAUCGUCAGAAACUAUUAAGGUUUACCGGGAUCUGGGACUCGGAUAUCCGAAAGAAGGAGCUUUGAGAGUCAUGGCUAAGGUCGUGGGAUCUGUUGAGUCCUAA